GACAGUGAGGGACCGCAUCAAUCGCCGGACUGUUGCCCGACGACUUCAGGUCUGACAGCUUCCGCCUUCAAGGGCCUCCUCUCCAAACAGGGCACAGGCAGCAUGCAGUUAUAUAUUUGCAGCUGUAGAACGGGACUUAAGUUGGCCAAGGGCGGAACGCGGCAACCGGAGAGUUGGGGCGCACGGAAACUAGGAGCAGUGGCGCCAAGGCAAGCACAGUCGAGAUAGAAAAAAGUUUGCUUUGCAUGAUAGGCUGGGGGAAUAGUCCAACGCUUAUACGAGAGAUUGGUCCGCGAGGGCGACUGGCUAGCAACAUGCAAAACACACUCCGAAGCAACCUGAAAGAUAACAAAAAUAGACGAUGCUGUAAAAUGAUAACUAUUUCAGCCCGCGGGCCCGUGGGGUUAGCGCUGCCGGAGCAGCGCGAGCAAAGCCUCGCGCAGGCGGUGAAGAGUCCCCCUAGCAACACAAGUACUUUAGAUGCGAUGGCCUCAGCUACACCUAGCACCACUAGCGAGCCUGCCGAGCCCGAGGUCGUGGAGCUGGCAGCUUCGGCAGUCCAGGUCGCCCGUGUGGAGCACCGCUCGGCGUCGUUCUCUUGGGAUCCCCUUGCAAAGGUCCCAGCAGGGUUUUCAGCUUGCUACGCGAUCGAGCUCCAGCAGCUCGAUGGCGACAGCAACCCCACGACCAACUGGGUGUCUGUGUACAAGGGAGAGUCGCUGUCCUGCAAGGUUGACGAAUUGAAGUCCGGUCGGCGAUAUGCCGUGCGGCUGGUUGCGAGCGUGGAGACCUGCGCCGAGGAAACUUCUGCACCUGUGGAGGGCUUGGAGGUCCGCGUGCACAACGCCGAGCACGCAUUUUUCCAAACUCCGCCCUCUUUACCAUCGGUGCUGCAACCACCCGCGCUGGCCCAGCGCGCGCGGAACGCAUUGAAGCUGAAAUGGAAUUCGCCCGAGGACCCGGGUGGCUUGUUUGAGCUGACCUACGUGCUGCAAGUCAGCCCAGCGCCGCAGGGCAUGGAGGACCAGCGGGGGCAAAUGGGCUUCGUGGAGGUGUACCGGGGUCCGGAGCGCAGCUUUAAGGUGGCGAAGCUGCAACCGGGCGUGCGCUACACCAGCCGCGUGCAGGCCAUCAACCCGCUGGGCGAGGGGCCGUUCAGCCUGUGCAGCGCCUACACGACUCAGGCCACUGUGCCGGCGGCGCCGGAGCCACCCGUUGUGCAGACGGCCUCGUCGAGCACGAUAACGCUGGCCUGGGCACCGCCCGCGGACAACGGCUCGCCUAUCACCGCCUACUGCCUGGAGCGGGACGACGGCGGCGUGGGUGACUUCACGCUUGAGUACGCGGGCCCCAACACCAGCUGCACCGUCAAGGGGCUGAAGCCGGGGCAGGCGUACCGCUUCCGCCUCAGAGCCGACAACGAUGAGGGCAAGAGCAUGUGGAGCAGCACGGCGUCGCUGUCCACGGGCGCGGCGCCGCCCGACAGCCCCGUGGCGCUGCAGGUGGUGACGGCGGGGCGUACCUCCGCCACCAUGGCCUGGCGCACGCCCGACGACGACGGCGGCAGCAAAGUGGUGGCGUUCGGGGUGGAGCUGCAGGCCAAGUCGAAGGCGGCCACGGCGUGCAUGGGCAGCGACUGGCUCAAAAUCUUUGAGGGCGAGGCGCACGCCUGCACCAUCAACUCGCUGCGCCCCGGCUGCGCCUACCGGGUGCGCGUGCGCGCCCGCAACGUGGUGGGCUGGGGGCAGUGGGCGCUGCCGGUGGACCUGACCACGGCCUCGGACGCGCCGGAGGUGCCGCAGUCGCUGCAGCCCGCCUCCUGCACGCCCACCACCAUUGUCAUCACUUGGGCGCCGCCGCGCCACGACGGCGGCUCCAAGGUGCACACGUACCGCAUGGAGAUGGCGUCCGCGGACUGCGUGUGCGGGCGCUGCCCGCAUAACGCGGCGGCGCCGGCGGCGCCGGGGCAGGCGCCGCGGCCGACGCUGUGCCCCGGGCACACGCCGCUGGCGGUGUAUGCGGCGGAGGCGGUGGGCGCGGAGUUGCGGCACCUGCAGCCUGGCUGCCGGUACAUCUUCCGUGUGCAGGCGGUGAACCAGCAGGGCUCAAGCAGCUGGACGGAUUGGGUGGCGGGCGCCACGUGCGCGGACGUGCCCACCGCGCCCGGGCCUCCGCUGGUGGCGGGCGUGGCGCCGACCGCGCUCAUGCUCUCCUGGCAGGUGCCGCUGGCGCAGGGCGCGCCGGUGAUGCACUACUCUGUGGAGGCCGCGGCGCUGCCGCCAGUGCCCGGCGCCAUGCUGGGCGCGCCCGGCGGCGCGGGCGUGCUGCCGGACGCGCGCGCGGCGGCGGCGCUGGCAUGGAAGCUGGCGUACCGCGGGCCGCACCCGGGCUGCGAGGUGCGCGGCCUGGAGCCCUACUCCGCCUACGCCUUCCGCGUGUGCGCGCACAACGACAUGGGCGCCGGCGGCUGGAGUCCGGCGGUGGCGGCCAUCACCGGCCACGCGGCGCCGACUGCGCCGCAGGCGCUGUCGGCGCAGGCGGCCAGUAGCUCAAAGAUCGUGCUGUGCUGGGCGCCGCCGGAGCGCGACUUUGGCGCGCCGGUGGUGGCGUACACGGUGGAGAUGGCGGCAGCGGCGGCGUCUUUCCGGGGCAGCGCGUCUACUGGGCGGGAGGCGGCGGGUGCGGGGGGCGGCGCGGGCAAGGGUGGCGGCGGCAGCGCGGCAGCGCCGUCGUGGUCUCACGUGUUCACGGGGCCGGCGUGCGCAUGCUCGGCGGAGGGGCUGGCGCCGGGGCGGUCGUACCAGUUCCGAGUGCGCGCCGCCAACCUCUGCGGCGCCGGGCCCUUCACGGCGCCCGUGGCUGCUGCCACGCAGCCCGCACCGCCGUCGGCGCCCGGCAAGCCGGUGGUGUCCAACCGCACCUCCAGCGGCUUCAAGGUGCGCUGGGACGAGCCGGAGCACACGUACGGCUCCCACGUGGCCGCGUACGUGCUGCAGGCGGCGCAGGCAGGCGGCGCAGGCGAGGAGUGGGUGGAGGUGUACCGCGGGCCCGAGGCCGGCGUGCGCCUGUCCGGGUUGGCGCCGGCGUGCAAGUACCUGCUGCGCGCGGCGGCGGUCAACUCUGCGGGGCAGGGGGCGUGGGGCGAGUCGGAGGCGGCCAUAACGCACCUGCUGCCGCCGCUGCCGCCCUGCGAGGUGGCGGUCGCGGAGGGGCCGGCGCUUGCCGAGCCGGCCAGCGAGGCGACGCAGCCGCCUCAGGAUGCGCCGUCGGGCGCGUGGGUGGCGCUGUCCUGGCAGGAGCCGGAGGCGGACGCCACACAUGCGCCGGCGAUGGGCUUUGAGGUCGUGGCCACGCCCAAGCCGGGCUCGGAUGGCGGCGUGGUGAAGCUGAACAUCACGGGCCGGCGUGGCGAGGCGCGGCUGGAGGGGCUGGCGCCGGGCUGCAGCUACAGUGUGCGGGUGCGCUCGGUGGGUGUCGACGGCACCGGGCAUAGCGGCUGGAGCGAGGAGGAGACGGUGGAGACGCCGGCGCUGCCGGAGUCGGAGGAGGCGGCGGGCGGCACCGGUGCAGCGGCGGGCGGGAGUGGCGCAGUGCAGCGAAAGGGCGGGAAAAAGGGCGGGAAGAAGGGCGGUGCAACGGCGGGCGGCGCGGAGCGGGCACCGGCAAACGGCGGCGCGCCCUCUGUGUCCAGUGACGACGCUGUGUCGGUGUCGCGCGAGGUCGCCGUCUCCAGCGGGCGCGGCAAGGGCGGCAAGGCUGCGGCGCGCGUGGCGGCAGCCGCCACCACUGUCGCGGCCAAGAAGGUGCGCGCGCGCGGCUUUGUGGAGAAGCUGGUGGAUGAGCGGCUGCCGCGCGGCCUGGCGUCCGUGCUGGAGACGGUGCUUGUGGCGCUGUUCACGGCGGAGUGGCGGCGCUGCAUGGGCCGGCAUCUAGCCUGGUACGGAAAGAUCUUCAUUGUGCUGGUGCCGCUGUUCGUUUUGGCGGUCUUUGCGAUCAACUACUACAUGUUUGGGACUGCCGCCGGCCGGUCCCAGCUCUAGCCGGCGGGGCGGCUGGUCCGGGGCCGCCAGGGCACCCCCAGCAACGUGCAUUCGGUCGCGCGCCAGCUGGGUGUGGGACUAUGCGCCGGACUGCGGCGGCCGUGGGGGCCAUCGGAUAGCUGCUCCUUAUCUUAUCCUGGGAUUUUGCAUCUGCUGCGGAUUUCCUAUCCUAUGUCCGGGAGAUGAGGUAGCGUUUAAACGGGAGACGUGGCAAAAACCACUAUCUUGUCUGUUCGUUGGUCGGGGCAUUCAGGGUGGAGGCAGCGCUGAAUUGCCGCGGUUCAGUCGCAUCUGAUGUCGGCGCCCGCCGGGGGCGCGUGUAUUUUUGGGGAUAUCGGCUGUCUAAUGGCGCAGUAGAGUUCGCAGGCGCCUAAAGCCGCGGGAUACCGCGCAUGCGGCGUGCUUGGUGCUAGGCGACAUGGGCAAGCAUGCGGACCGAAGGUGGCGUUGGGACAGCCGUGCCAUACGGUAUGCUUGACCCAAGCUGCGGGCUGUACGAGGGAGGCAGUUCCUGAAGGCCUAGAAGACGUGCAGUAUGCGGUGUGGGUCGCCGGGCUUGUGGGUGGUCCAAACAGCUGUGGAAUCGCGGUGGCUGGCGCACGACCGUGGGGCAAACGAGGGUGCGAAGGAGAGCGUCGUGGUGCCUGCACCAAAACAUUUGGGACCGCGGCGGGAAGUGGCAAGAGAGCAAGCGCAGGGUCUGUUUUAUGUUGUCAAACUGGGUACCGCGGACUUAGCAGUCGCAACGCAUUGAGAGCAAGUCUGGUAUUGCUUGUAUGCGUGAGGGAUGCGGGGACGGAUCCGCCGUGUUAACGAAGUUCCUUGGCUUGCGUAAACGUUACAAGCCGGGGUUGUCCUGCAUGCAUUGGGCCGACGGCCAGGGCAUCGACUAGGAGCAUGACCGGGCGGGCGAAGUGUUCCGAGUUUAGAGUGUACGGUAGGUGCCCUAGUGUGGUCUGGGGCAAGGCAUGGUGUGUGUCUCAAGAUGUGCUGGGCAUCAUAGCAAGUCGCACACGAUCAAGUUUAGCGUUGUUAGCCCGCUGCGCCCCUGCCGGCUCCACCCUACUACCCGCCACGUUGCAGCCAUUGCCGGCGGUGGCGGGAGGGGGUCGCACGGGUGGGGCGCGGCGGAAUGGCCACAAGACUGGGACCCGGAGAGCGGCGCUUGGGGCGGGGGCAAUUUCCCUCGCCGUUAGGUGCAGGCUGAUCGCACCAACACGGAGCGGGCCGGGGGCGCAUGCAGGACUGGAAGGAAUGCGAUUAUUGGUACCGUAGUAGAGCCAACGCUGGUGGGGCGGAGAUGCAAUUCGGGAGCAAUGCGGCACGGUAUGCCCAGUAUUUUACCCUGCGGGAUGGGCGAAGCCGCCAGAGAACGGCUGCGGAUGGCAAGGCUGCGGAGGACGGAGAGGCAACGGCGUUGGACUGGCAGGCGGACGGAUUGCUGCUGUUAAAGCGUUACGGGACUGGCGCACUUUGAGCUGCACGCGCGAUGGAACUACAUCCGGUUGUAGCACGACACGGUUGUGAUGACGGCCGGGGUGAGGCCACGGCCUCCGCUGGUGGCGGCCGUGUCAUAAUUUGGCCUAGUCGCAGACGGGCAGGCUGCCGGGAGCUCUGGCUCUUUGUACGGUAUCCGUGACGACUGACGAGACUGGCUGCCACGGCCAUGUACAUCGAAUCCAGCCGUUGAGCCGGGCAAAUCCAUGU